UUACGCAGAUCGGUCUGCGCAACACCGCAUUCAGUUGCACAAAGUUGAACACUAGUGCUGUGUGUAUUUUGUCCCUCGUCGGUGUCUGUCGUUGUCAUGGAGAUCGGAUACACAACUCAACUAUCAGUAAAACUUUCAAAAUGACACACAUUUUUUCCUUCGGUUUUCCCCAUUUUUGAUACAACAAAUAGCGUGAGUUGGAAGUACUGUGUUGCAAUGUUGACCGAUUAUCCAGUGAAUCCUGUGAACUCUGGUGUCUUUGAAAUAACACACAGCUCACAAAAAAAGCAAGUGUCAAGGUCAGUUGGUGCUCGGAAGAGAUCCCAAAGCUGCUUUUUUGGAGUGGAGACCCUGGCUGAGCUGGUUUGGGAAGGCUGGGAGCCAGGGCUAGAAUAUACCAGAUCACUUUCUCUUAAAAGCAUACAUGGGAAACUCCAAAAACUGAGCUUUAGACCUCCUGUGUCCAAGUUCUUCAACACACUGUUUCCACAGACUAUCCUUCUGAGCCCAGGAACAUCUUUUUCCCUUCCAAUCACUUUUCGGCCGGUUGAGAAAUGUGAGUAUGUGGACACUAUAGAGUUCGAGGGUAAGGAAGGCUCGUUCCAGGUGUCUCUGCGUGCUGUAAUUCCUCACUAUGCUUUGGAAGUACCAGAAAAUGCAUUGCUGCCACCCUGUGCUGCUCAGCAGAGUUCCCAAACCAGCUUUGUCUUUCGUAACUCUUGUAAGUUGCAGACUGGAUUCAGGUGGUCUGUGGAUCCUCCGUUCUAUUUCUCCCCUGAGACUGGACUGUUAAAACCUGGAGAAGAGUGCAAGGUUACAUUAGAGUUUAAACCAAAGGAAGUACAGGUGUACCAGGCCGAGGCCCACUGUGCUUUCGGUGAUGAUGGGGAGAACAGCUGUACUGUACUUCUGCGUGGCCUAUCCAAGUACCCACAUCUCCAGAUCUGCACCGCUGAGCAGGAGGAAGACUGUAAGGUGCUUGAAUUUGGCAGCUUGGCAGUGGGUGAUUCUCUUGAAAGGCACUUUGAGAUCUACAACCCGUCCACUGUUAGCACAACAUUCACUCUUUUCUGGUUGAGACGACCCCCUCUUAUGGACGUGGUUUUCCGCUGUGAGGUGCGUGAGGGGCAGAUCGAACCUCAUUCAGUGUUAAAAGUCCCUGUGUGCUUCUCCCCACUCACGGCGGACUGCAGAAGUGUGGACUACCUCUGUCUUACCUGUCCUGGUGCUGUAAGCAAAGAUCUGCUCAGAGUGUCUGGAUCGUCCAUAGGGCCAUUAGUAUUUCUAAGUACCUCUGUGUUGGACUUUGGCUGUGUUGAGGAGGGCACAGAGGUCACUCACACACUACAGAUUAUAAACUCUUCUUCAGUAUUGGCUUAUUACCAGUUUGAUGUGAACACUGGCCACAGUGUGUUCGUUGUGGACCAACCUGGCGGCACCCUGCCAGGCAACAGCCGACUCACCUUGCGUGUGAAGUUUCGACCACACCACCCUAUUGCUCAUCACAAGAUACUGACCUGUUUGCUUCUCCACAGGGAGCCUUUGUUUCUGGAUUUGAUUGGCACCUGUCAUUCAGAGCAGUUCAAACCAGCCAUUUUAAACCCCAGACACUUGAAUGUGUACAGAAUAAAUCUGUUAAGAGGAUUCACCUGUUACCCUCCAGACAUACUGAGUGCCAUGCUGGAAGAACAUAAACUGAAGCUGGAUGAUAGCGGAGCUUUGCAGAUUGCAGCAGAAGACAACUCCAGACCUCUAUUCAGUCCACGGAGUCCUCUUGAGGAGUAUUUCCACAGUAAUUCAGCACCUGAAACAGAAUUAGGACUUGAAAACACAUCAAACACAUCUAAGUUUUCUACCCACCAUGUAACGGCUCGACCUUCUGAGCUCCUUUUUUAUGAUGGCACAACUUCUAAGUCAGUCUCCAUAACCAACCACACAAAGGGCAAGAUCUGUCUGGCGUGGAGUCCUGGCACCAACUGUUUCUCCAUCUCUCCUCUCUCCUGUGAACUGAGCCCUCUAAAGUCCACAACCUUCAGAGUGACAUACAUUCCCAACCAGCAGAACAGCUUCCAUGCAGAACAGCUUGAGUGUUUUGCUUUUUAUAAGGUUCUGAAAGACAAUAGAUAUGUGGAUGAUCACACUUUGUGUCCACCCUGGUGCUUUACAGUCAGGGUGAGCGGUCACUGUUUUCAGGCUGGAAAAGAGCAUUUCGUCCCUUGCAUCUCUCUUCAACACUCUCAAAUUGUAUUUCCUGCACUGAAACAGGUGUCAUACCGCAAUAUUCUCUUGAAGAACACAGGGGACCUGCCACUGACCUUCAAACUGGACUCAGAGGAGUGUCCCUCAGUAUGUGUGCUGCCACCUAUUGGUCUGGUGCCACCUGGUCACCACCAAAUAUUCACAUUCAGAUCAACUCCAUCCCAGGAUCACCCUGCCAGUAUGCCUUUGACAUUGCAGCUAAAUGCCAGCCCCAAACACACACAGGUGCUGAAUGUGGUUGCUGUAGCAGAGACCUCUUCUAUGGCUGUGGAGGAGGGUGGAAGUCUAUUCUUUAAGCCCACGGCAGUGGGCUCCUGCUCUGAACGAAUCCUGUGGGUGAAAAACUUGAGCAGGAUGCCAGUGGAGUUCCAGUGGAAGCUAAGUGGAUCUCACCAAAGAGUUCUGUCUGUACUUCCAGAUUCAGGGACACUCCAACCCAAUGAAUCCAAGGUACAGAAGUGGUCUUUUGCUCCUCUGGAUGAGAUGAUAUACAACCUAAAGGCUAGUCUUAUGUACUGGCCUGUUCAAACACCACAGUGCAAGAAGUCCCGUCUCACAGUUAAAGCAGUCGGAUUGGCAUCUAAAGGUUAUCUAGAGGCAGAGCAUCCCAUUAUAGAUCUGGGUGAGGUCCUUGUUGGAAGCUGUAAGUCCUUUGAUGUUCCUUUACUGAACAACAGCUCCUGUGCCUUCAGUUACUGUCUGAGCGCACAGCAGACCAUCACUGUUACAGAUCUUCCUGAAGACAUGACUCAAGAUCCUUUGGUUCUGGAGAUGGAGAAUGUAAAGGGAACCAUUCCUGCGCACUGCAGGCUACAGGUCCGCUGCACUGUGAAACUGGCUUGCAGAGCCCAUCACUGUUGGACCAUCGGUUACCACAUCAUCAAUGCAUCUGGCUCUGUGGGUGAAGAGCCCCAGUCAGUGUGCCAGGUGCAGGCAGAAGGCGUGUACCCCACACUGGAGGUGACAGAUGUCCGUAGCUGUGGCAGUGUGGAGAGGCUGAGCAAACUACAGCUCUGGCACCUCUUCAAUCUGGACACACUCAAUACUUGUCUGUGCAGAGAUCCCAGGCCAUCUGAGCUUAUCUUCAGGGUGCCCACCAGACACAGUCUUCGACGCUGUCCUGCUGUCUUUACCUCGGCCAUGAUGGAUUUUAACUUUAGUGCGGCUCCACUAAGCUCAGAGCCUUCCAGUAUUCUGCUCAUGUUUAAGAACACUGGAAGUAUACCUGUAGAAUGGUCAUUUCUUUUCCCAGAGGAUCAACAGAUUGAGCUUGAAAACUGGGCUGAGAACGGAGAUUUCAGCCCUUCUGAGCUUCACCUGAUGAAAGUUCAAGACCACAGACUCUUCUCGGUCUCUCCACGCUCUGGUAAGCUCCAGCCCAGCCACCAGAGAGCAGUUCAGUUCACCUACAGACAUGACUUUGUAGGAACAAAUCGUCUUCCGGUCUUGUUGAAACUUUCACAUGGAAGAGAGAUACUGCUAAAUUUUAUAGGAGUAACUGUGGACAAAGAUAGACGCUACAUUCAUCUACCUUCAAACAGACACUCAUUUGCCCCUGUGGGAAUUGGAGGGUUCAGCCCACCCACACAGGUGUAUGAGCUGUAUAAUGCAGGUGCUCUCCCACUAAGAUACCACAUCGACACCACUCCACUGCAGCAGCUGAUGGAAGAAAACUUCAGUCACCCUGUCUUACAGUGUCUGAACCCUGACGGAGAGCUGGAGCCAGGACACACAGCCUUUGUGGAGUGGAUUUUUUCCCCACUGGAGGCUAGAACAUAUAGUGUGGACCUUCCUAUUCAUGUGCUGGAGGGAGACAGCAUGUUUGUCACCUUUGAGGGUCAAGGCUUUGAUGAAAGACACUCAGAACCCAUUCAGGUGAAAGAUGGAUGUAUUACGAUGCCUAGCACUCAAAAAAUCCCAGUACCUGGACAGGUGGUGUUCCUUUCAGAGGAGAGGGUGUGUUUCGGUGAUAUUCCAGUGUGCUCUCGAAGUACCCGAAUCAUUUUUUUGACCAACGUCUCACAUACAGACCAAGUCUUGUAUAAAUGGAACGUAGACUGCCAACAGACUGUAAAGAUACGUCCUGAGAGUGGCCAUCUUGCACCAGGGGAGAGCGUUCUCACCAUUCUGACAGUACAAGCAUCAGGCAGCCCCAGUUUCUACCAGCAAGACCUCAUCUGUGAGAUCAUUCUUGAAGAGAUGCUAAUACUGUAUCACAAAGACCUUCAAGACUGGGAGGUUGAGUUGGAGAGACAGAAAUAUGAGUUUACUGUCACUGAAAAAGAACUGAUAAAAGAGAGUCAACGGGAUAAAAGCACUCAGGCAGGUGCAGUAUUUAAACAGAAAACUGGUGCAAGAAAAUAUAAGACACUUCCGCCUAUCCGUAGCAUUGACCAAGUGGUGAGUCCCUCCACAAGAUCCAGUCUGGCUGUAAGACAAGCCCAGCAGCAGACAGGCUUGAAAAGUAGAAGACGUCCUGAGCCCCCCCGUCCUGCAUUACUCCACUUGGGUGUUACUGCACGCUCACACACCCUAAUGGAGUACCAGGCACAUUUCCCAACUCAAUUUAACACUCAUUAUAUACACAGGUGUAUGCAGCCACAGCCUUCUCAGAGUGACAAAGAUCAGAGCUGCCAUUUCCGUGUAGACCUGCCCCCUCUCGCCCACGGUCCGGAGAGAGAAAUAAUCACCCAUGUUCUCAACUCUGUACUAUGGAGUCUUCUAGAUGAUCCUCAGUUCCAGCACUCUGUGACCCAGCUGCUGCCUGCCACGCCUGUCCCCACAUCAGCCCCCUCACCUGCGGGUUGCCAGGACCAUAAAGAAAUGACUGGUGUGUCCAGUGCUCCUCCAGCAGACCAUAACACAGAAAACCCCAGCACUGCAGACGCACAGAAGACGAGUGAAUGUGACUCGAAUUUAACAGAGGAGGAGUUAAAGAUGACGGAGUCCAUUCGCAGGUUGCCUGAGUUUUGUGACCUGGUUGAGGACAUUUUGCUUAACACUCUGCAGAACCAAAUGAUGGAGGCUUUCUUGGGCGAGUUGGUGCUGACUGCGCGACCACGAAUCAUUGCUCUUCCCCCUUCUCCUGCUAGAAACACAAGAGAGUCCAGUGCCGAAUAUAAGAGGAGCAGAGAAUAACAGUGCCUGUACAAACCCCUCUAUGGUAACUCUGGCUGUAUUUUCUCAGAAACAGUUAAUUUAACCAACUCCUUAUCACUGUAUGACACAU